CAGAACUUGUUUUUUAAAGGUUUGCUUAAAACGUUUUGACGGGGAAGCGCGGUCACGUGACACGUGGAUAUUCAGGAGGAAGGAUGUAGCCGUUAGCUUGGCUAACAUUUCAGAGAUGUCUUAGGCAUUUAGGCAAUUUUGCAAGAUGUCUGAUCCAGAGGCGAGUUUCAGAUCAUCAUUUGCUGUGGGUAAAGGUCUGCCGGGCCGGGUGUCACUGAAUCCCCCUCCGCCGGGCAGACUGAGCUCUCUGCGCUCCAGAGAUCUCACCCUGGGUGGAUUUAAGAAGAAAACCUUCGUGCCAAAUGUUAACUCUGUGCGCAAAACUAAAGAUGAGUUACAGGAGACCCACCCUGCACCAAAGAAAGAGAGAAGAGACAGAGAGGACAGACACCGAGAGAGACGCCGGCGAGAGAAACCACAGACGAUUCAGUCUCACUCUAUAUUUGAACAAGGCCCCGCAGAUUCCUACAGGAAAAUGGGUAACUGGGGAGGAUCAAACCUGAGAGAUUGUGAUCCUGCACUAAUCACCAAGUCCAUUAAAAAGGAGAAGAUCAAUGCUCAGGAUGAUGCUGAAGAAAUUUUACAAAAACUCCAACGAGAUGAUUUUUUAGAUGAUCCUGGAUUAAAAAACGAUCCAUUGCAAAGACCAAUAAGACUUCCACUCCAUCAGGCAUGCAGCUUUAUGUCAACAGAGGCAGCUAAAACAUUUAAAGAAGAGAUGACAUCUGAUGCAGUGGAAUGGUCCAGAGGUGCGUCUGUGUCCCCGCAGCAUCCAACGGUUGGAGAAUUAUUUGAGCAGCUUAGUGUUUCUGAGAGGGAAGAACUGCUUUUUAUUCAGCUUCCUGAUGCUAUACCAGGUCAGCCUAAACGCAUCAGUCCAGAGAAGAGAAGAAAAGAAGACGCCAAACCUGCAGACAAACACUCGCCUCAUGUUAAAGCACAAGAUCAGACUGAUAAGACCACUACACCUGUACUGUCUGACUUCUCUGAGGGUCUAAUAGGAAAACUACAGAUAAGAAAAUCUGGUAAAGUUCAGAUGCUCAUGGGAAAUGUUACGUUGGAUAUUUCAGAGGGAUCAGCCUUCUCUUUCCUCCAGCAGCUGGUGUGUGUGCGCCUGUCUGACGGACUCACUGGUGACAUGAGCGUAUUGGGAAACGUCAAACACAAGCUGGUGUGCUCGCCUGAUUUUCACACUUUACUGCAAGAGGUCAAACUGCCACCUGAUUCCCACUCAAAGUCCUGAUUUUAUUCCCAAUUUUUUACAUAAUGUAAAUUAUUUAAUGUUUUAAAAUGUAAAUAUUUUAAAUAUGAAGAAUUGUUGUCCUUAGCUAGCGAGUAGCAUGAUUUGUUGCUUUGAUUCAAAAAUUAGCACACAGGCUUUAGUCUGACCUAAACUUACUGUUUUAACAAUUUCAUGGUCUCUUUAUGAGUUCAGUAUGCUGUUGUAAAUACUUCCUGUUGUUUUUAUAUAAAAUGUAAAGGUUUAUUUUGUAAGUAAAGAUAUACAAAACAUGG